GCGGCAUCAUUCUUUCCCUUUCUCAUUUUUCUGUCUACUCUUCACCCUCCUCCUUCCUCAUUUCCCUUUUCUUUCCUUUUUUUUUCCUUUUUCUUUUUUCUUUGUGAUUUCCUGGGCCUUCUAUAAAACCAGAUAACGUUAGAUCGGCGAAGCAAUAAUUAUCAGAGAUCAUCACAUCGGAUUCUACGUUUAGAGAGAAAAAAAAUGGCGAUGCCCGAAGGUAAGAAGGAGGUUGAAAGAAGGGCCAACAGUCUGAAGAUCGAAAAUCUCGCUCGAUUCGCAGUCGCUGAGCACAACAAGAAGGAGGUUAUAAGAAAGAAAAGAAAAAAAAAAGGAAAGAAAAGGGAAAUGAGGAAGGAGGAAGGAGGAAGGAGGAGGGUGGAGAGUAGAGAGAAAAAUGAGAAAGGGAAAGAAUGAUGCCGCUGGUAUUGGUGUUGAUGUUGGUGCUGGAGAACAGGGAAAGGAACAAAAAUGGCAGAGAGAGAUAGGGGUUGAAGAUAAAGGGAGGGUUAAUAUUAAAAUUACCAAAUCAUCAUUCUUUUUUCCACGGACCAAAUUGGGUAUUAAACCUUCUGAAAAACCAGUAAAGCCGAGAGUAGGCGCAGAGGAAGCACUUGGGUCUUCGAAUAUUUGCAGAAAAGCCCAGAAAGGGAUGAACGAAAAGACAGAGGUAAACAUUAAGCAGGAACAGCGCCAGGGAAUAGGGAAAGAGAUGGGUGACAAGGGUGAGAUGGAUGAUUCCAGGCCAGAAAUGGAGGAACAGGGGGCGCAGGUUCAAGCUCUCAGCGAUUCACAUACAACAGGUGCUCAAAGAAAAUACCCAGGUGAGGUUGAACACUCGACCCACUUUGAAAUUGAGAAAAUUGAGAACCAGCCACUUGAAGACAAGUUAGGUUCUAUGGAACCAGGACCAGAACCAGCCACUGCCAACCAAACCCCAGGUGACGUUAACACCCGUCCUCAUGUCUAUGAUAUUUCUGGUGAAAAUAUAGAAGGGAAGUCUGAAGGGGAUGAUGGCGUUGGACCCAAAGAUGAUAGCAAAAGAUCUUUGACUGAAAAUGCUGACAAGAUGGAAGACGAAAAUGAUGGGCAGGCGAAUGUACUUUGUGUAAGCCCCAUCUUUACCCAUUUGACGCAAGACACGAAAGCUGAAGAUGACGAUGGGGAUGAAUUGAAAGAUUCAUCUCCAGAAAGUGAAGUUAAGAAGCAAGUGUCACUGCCAGAAUUAGGUGGCACUGGCAGAAGCCCCAAGCUAUGCUUUGAUAACUCAGGAGCGGGUACAGAAGAAGAGCAAGCAGCUUUUACUAAGAAAGUUGAAGCGUUUUAUAAGGAGAAGAGUCUCGAAUUUAAGCACCCGAAGUUCUACAAGGAGGAUAUAAAUUUGCUCAAGUUAUGGAGAGCUGUUAUUGAAUUGGGUGGCUACGAGCAGGUGACUUCGUGUAAGCUGUGGAGGCAAGUGGGAGAAUCGUUCAAUCCCCCAAAGACCUGCACUACUGUGUCAUGGACAUUCCGAAACUUUUAUGAAAAGGCCCUGCUUGACUAUGAAAAGCAUAAGAUACAUGAUGGUGAGCUCACAUGUCCUGUUGCUUCCUUUCCAGAAUCCAAUGGGGCUGGAAGUCAGGCUGGAAGUAAUCAAGUUAUUGGAUCUGGUAGUGGUAGGGCAAGGAGGGAUGCUGCAGCUCGUGCUAUGCAAGGCUGGCAUUCUCAGCGUCUUCUUGGUAAUGGUGAGGUUUGUCAUCCGAUCAUUAAGGAUAAGAGCCCAAGUCCCUCAUUUAAAGGUCUACCAAAGCGUAAAAGGCCAUCUACUCUUGAACAUGCUGUCCAAUCUUGUCAAUUCAAAUCAACAAAACCACAGUUGGAUACGAUGGUUAUUGAUAUUGGACCACCAGCUGAGUGGGUGAAGUUUAAUGUCCAAAAACUAAAUGACUGCUUUGAGGUAUAUGGUUUGAUUCCUGGGCUUCUGCGUGACGAGGUGCAUGUUCAGUCAGAUCCAGCAGGACAGUUGGUUAUAUCUGGUCAACCAAAGCAACUGGACAAUCCGUGGGGUGUCACACCAUUUAAAAAGGUUGUCAGCCUACCUUCCAGAAUUGAUCCGCAUCAGAUAUCUGCUGUGGUUACCCUGCAUGGCCAGUUGUUUAUUCGUGUCCCGUUCAAGCAUUCAGAAUUCUAGAUUGGAGUUUGUGACCCCAUCAAUUUUCUCAGAGAGAGACUUGUAGACUUCUUGUUGGAAGUCUGGUUUUAGUGUUUACAGUGUAAUUAAAUCUUGAGUACUUUAUGGUCCAGGCUGAAUCUUGAACAAUAUCCUUUUGGGAAGACUUGGAUUGCAAUAGUUUCCAUUUUGUAAUAAUUUUCUGCAAGUUAU